AUGGCCUUCACAGACCUGCUAGAUGCCCUUGGGGGUGUGGGUCGCUUCCAGUUUGUCUAUACAGCUUUGCUGCUGCUGCCAUGUGGGCUGCUGGCAUGCCACACCUUCCUGCAGAACUUCACAGCUGCUGCACCACCCCACCACUGCUGGCAUCCUGCCAACCACACAGAGGCUAGCACCAAUGACUCAGGGGCCUGGCUGAGGGCCACCAUCCCCCUGAACCAGCAGGGGGUCCCUGAGCCAUGCCAGCGCUACACAGAACCUCAGUGGGACCUUCUGAAAUCCAAUGCCUCCUCCCAUGGAGUGGCCACAGAGGACUGCAAGGAUGGUUGGGUCUAUGACCGAAGCAUUUUCCCAUCUACCAUCGUGAUGGAGUGGGACCUGGUGUGUGAGGCCCGUUCCCUCCGGGACCUGGCUCAGUCUGUCUACAUGUCUGGCGUGCUGGUAGGCGCUGCUUUGUUUGGUAGCCUUGCAGACAGGUUGGGUCGCAAGGCCCCCCUGGUCUGGUCGUACCUGCAGCUGGCAAUCUCAGGGGCUGCGACAGCAUAUGUCGGCUCCUUCAGCGCCUACUGUGUGUUCCGGUUCCUGAUGGGCAUGACCUUCUCUGGCAUCAUCCUCAACUCCCUCUCCCUGGUUGUAGAGUGGAUGCCGACCAGGGGCCGGACAGUGGCGGGCAUUUUGCUGGGCUUCUCCUUCACCUUGGGCCAGCUCAUCCUGGCUGGCGUGGCACACCUGAUCCGCCCCUGGCGGUGGUUGCAGUUUGCUGUCUCUGCUCCUUUCCUGGUCUUUUUCCUCUAUUCUUGGUGGCUUCCAGAGUCAUCCCGAUGGCUCCUACUUCACGGCAAGUCCCAGCAAGCUGUACAGAACCUCCGGAAGGUGGCCAUGAUAAAUGGCAGGAAGGAGGAAGGGGAGAGGCUGACUAUAGAGGUGGUGAGCUCAUACAUCCACAGUGAGUUUGCAAGUGUCCGAACCUCCAACUCCAUCUUGGACCUCUUCCGAACCCCGACCAUUAGAAAGGUCACAUGCUGUCUCAUGUUUGUCUG